GACAAGGUUCUCCGCGUGAUCCCAGUCAAGUUCUCCAAAUCCUCUGUUGAAUUACCUGAAAUAUCUCAAUGCAAGAAGUCAGAUCUUGUUAGAGAUGUGUGGUCUGGUCGAUGGACUCGUCAUGCUAAGAAUAAUAGCUGCCCAAUUAGCAAUGACGGGCGAUAUAGAUGUGAAGAACCAAAUUUCCCAUGCCAAAAACCAUGGUGUGAUGGACCCUUGGGGUUGUUGGAGAGCAAUGGUUGGGUAUAUUCAACACAUUGUUCAUUCAAGAUGUUCUCAAGUGAAGAAGCCUGGAACUGUUUGAAGGAUCGCUGGAUUUUCUGGUGGGGCGAUUCGAAUCACUGUGAUACAGUGAGAAACAUCCUUAAUUUCAUUUUAGACGUGAAUGAUAUGAAGGAUGUCCCAAGAAGAGUUGAUAUGAACAUUAGCAACGCAAGGAAUCCAUCACAAGCAGUUCGAUUUACUAACAUUUACAACGGGCAUCCUAAUGAGACAGGCAAGUAUCGAGGCUUGAAUUCGUUGGCAGAUGCUGACUAUAGAGAACUUCUGAAAGGGUACUUCUCUGGAAAUGUUAUUCCAGACGCCAUAAUCAUGAAUUCGGGCUUACACGAUGGAGUGUAUUGGUCUAGUCUUAGGCAUUUCAUUAAAGGCGCCGACUAUGCUGCAUCAUUCUGGGCUGAAGUAUUGAAUGAGGUAAGGCAGAGAGGGUUGACACUACCAGAAGUCAUAUAUAGGACCACAGUCGCCACAGGCGGAUACGCUAGAAGAUUGGCAUUCAAUCCAAAUAAAAUGGAGGCCUUCAAUGGGGUAGUCCUGGAUAAGUUGAGGGCAUACGGUUUAGUUGAUCGCGUAAUUGAUGAUUUUGACAUGACUUAUCCAUGGCACUAUGACAACCGAUGCAAUGACGGGGUGCAUUAUGGCCGUGCUCCUGCCAAGCUGAAGUGGAGGGAUGGCCAGAUUGGGCACCAAUACUUUGUGGACCUCAUGCUUGGUCAUGUACUGCUCAAUGCAUUAUGUGCACGAUAGAAGGUGGCUAGCGGUGAUGGUAAACGGCGCAUUGUCUCUGGUUUCAAGCGUUUGGAUGGUGCAUUUCAAGCUGGGCUGAUAGAUUUUUGCGAGAGGAAAAGGGGGUGAGAGUAGGGUGAAAGAAGUUUGGUGAUAUUUUUGAUCUAUCUAUCUGUAUUUUACUGUCAUUAUGUUUUCUGAAACUACUUCCACGUUGUAGUCAUCUCCAGGUCUAGUGCCAAUACUAAAGGUUGUAUAGGGGAAUAGUGUUGUAUAUUAUACUAUUCAUUUUUGAGCUUCUUCUAGUCCCAUUUGCUUGGACUAUUGUAGAUCUGAGAAUUACUAUUUCCAAUUA